AUGCAUUACAUUUCAGUUGGAAUCUUGUUAGUAUUAGUGCCUCUAGCUGAUCACCAUUUAUUCAAUCAUCACGUGAUGAAGCGUUCACCUCCCGAUUGUUGUAUACCAGCAAAAUUAAAUGUUGCCACAAAAAGAUCAAAUCUAGGUGCAGCUUUUUUUAAACGUUUAGUCGAAGAUCCACAAUCCUCGAAAGAUGUUAACGCUGAUACUAUGUGUAAUCUUAUUCAUUUUCUAAUGCAACAAGCAAAACUAAAUGAUAAACUAGUUAGUUUUACCAAAGGUAUGUUUGUUAUCUAUGAUUCAUCGAAGAAUGUUUUCAAACGUUUUAUGGAGGCAAAAGACGCUCAAAUAUCUGGUGAUGAUGAAAAAUACAGUGGCUAUUUUAAACGUGUGAAACAUAUGUCACGCAAAGCGCUUCAGGGUUUCUUUCAAAAAUUAACAAAUAAAGGACAAAAGACUGAUGGUAACAAUUUAACAGUAUCGGAUACGUUCAUCUAUGUUCGAGGUGAUGAAUCAUCUCAUUUUCAUGACGAACGUGGAUCGAAAGAUGUGCGACGAUAUGAAUAUCCUGCGUACGGUGCCGAUGUUCCAGGAGCAUGUAUGCCAAGUGGUUUUGGUCAUAUUUUGUUUGGUGAAAUGAAACCGUUAACAGAGAACGUCUCGUCGCCCUAUUAUGGUAAUCGAAUUUAUAUUAAACCUGAACUAUUUGGUAUUCGACAACUUAAACAAUUCAUUAAACAUGCUGAAAGUUAUCUCGAUCAUAUAUCAAAACGUUAUAUUUGUAAUAUUAAAGACUUUCAAGUGAAACCCCAGUGUACAAAAGAAGAAGCAUUUCGAGAAAAUACGGAUAAAAAAUUAUCUGAUAAAUGGAAAUCAAUUUUAGAACAAUUAGGUACAUCGUUACCAAAUCCAUUAAAUGAGUACAUCCAAAAUGCAACAAAACAUGGAAUUCAUGAAAUCUAUCGGCAAACUAUUGAGUUAGAAAAAUUAAAUCCAAAAGUGAUUCAAGAUUUUCGUCAAAAUCAAAUUGUCAAGAAUUAUGGAACAGAUGAUUUAUCAGUGAGAAAAGGGCGAGAAAUUAUAUAUACAACGCAAAAAUUGUUAGAUAGUCCUCGUACAUGUGACAUGUUUGAAAAAAAUGUAAAUAAAUGUAAAACAUAG